CACAGUAUGGCCGGCGAUAUUAGCUAGCGCUCGCUUACGGUAUUCUCUGUAAAAGGGAACGCGGUAACUCAAGAAAAUCAACAUCUGAAUUACUUAAAAGGACUGUACCUCAAUAAAUUAUAGCUAAUCGAGGAAGGAUUAAUUAAGCUACGAACGUUGUAAGCGACGUUACAGUUUUUUGUUGGGUGUCUGCUGUCUCAUGAUGGAGGAUAACGGUGCACAUUUCUUCGAGGGGACCGAGAAGCUGUUGGAGGUCUGGUUCUCCCGGCAGGAUGAGACCAAAGGGACCGGGGACCUCCGUACCAUCCCGAGGUUUGAGUGGGACAAACUUUUGGAGAAUGUGCAUUGUUUGAUCAUAAGUGUGACAAAGACUGACAAGCAGGAAGCUUAUAUACUCAGUGAGAGUAGCAUGUUUGUCUCCAAGAGACGUUUCAUUUUGAAGACAUGUGGAACCACCCUCUUACUGCAAGCACUGGUGCCUCUGCUGGAGCUGGCCAGAGAGUACUGCGGCUUCGAUGCCAUCGAGAAUUUCUUCUACUCACGCAAGAACUUUAUGAAGCCAACCCAUCAGGAGUUCCCUCAUCGAAACUUCCAGGAGGAAGUGGACUUUCUCAGCCAGAUUUUCCCAAAUGGUGCAGCCUAUUGCAUGGGGCGUUUGAACUCUGACUGCUGGUACCUGUUCACCCUGGAUCUGCCAGAGUACUGGGAGAACAAGCAUGCAGAUCAGACGCUGGAAGUUCUGAUGAGCGACCUCGAUCCAGCAAAUAUGGACCAGUUCUUCAUGAAAGACGGUGUUUCUGCAAGUGAGGUCACUCGUAGGAGUGGAAUUCGUGACCUGAUACCAGGUUCUGUGAUUGACGCCACAAUGUUUAACCCUUGUGGAUACUCUAUGAAUGGAAUGAAGACUGAUGGAACAUACUGGACCAUCCACAUCACCCCCGAGCCAGAGUUCUCCUACGUCAGCUUCGAAACCAACCUCUCCCAGACGUCGUACGACGACCUGAUCAGAAAGGUUGUGGAGGUGUUCAAGCCAGGGAAAUUUGUGACUACGCUUUUUGUCAAUCAGAGCUCCAAAUGUCGCAGCGUCUUCUCUUCUCCUGUGAAACUCGAGGGCUACAAGCGUCUCGACCGCCAGUUGGCUCAAUUCAACGAUUAUAAUUUUGUCUUCACAAGCUACACUAAGAACUGCCAGCAGAACCAGCAGAGCUGAGGGUCCGACAUGAAGAAGAGGCGUAAAAAGAACGGCGCCCUCUCAGGGCUCCGUCCUUUAGAGAGCUGCUCAUCUUCCUCUCCCCCCCUGGUGUUCUGCUGCCGUCGCCCGGAGCGCCCCUGCUUCACGCCGGCCUCCACUUUGACUUGUUUGAAAUGUUGUAACUGUGACUUGGAUCUGUUGCAUGAAAGCUCUCGUCUUUGUCUCCAUAUUCUAGCUCAGUCUUGCUGUGAUCCUGAGGUGCAUGUAGAGGAGUUAAACACGGUGUGUUGGAGGCUGCCUACCUGUGCCCGGUCCACCGGUCCCUUCCUGCAGGUGUCCCCCCUCAUCCCCCACAGACAGGGCUUCCGCCCACACUAGGCCAGGCCCCUGACAUGCUCAGACAGGUCAGCCUGCCGGAGUGUCCCUGGGCUCCGGCUGCAGCAGUUUGACUCGUACAUUCCAGGUGGUGCCCACCUCCACUCACACUGAACCUGCCUGGUUUAUACUGACAGCACUUUGCAAAUAAAAGGCUUUAACCUGAAAA